AUUAACUAUAUUUCUUUGUCAACAGGUUGCUGGUUGGAGCACCUCGGGAGAAAGCUUUCCCAGCCCAGCAAGCUAACAGAACUGGAGGAUUAUAUUGGUGUGACAUUAUAUCAGAGACAUAUUGCACACGUGUCAUGUUUGAUGAGAAAACUGACCCAGAGAAAGAAAGUAAAGAAGACCAGUGGAUGGGUGUAACUGUCCGAAGCCAGGGACCAGGAGGGAAGGUGGUGACAUGUGCACACCGCUAUGAGAAAAGACAAUACGUGAACACUCUUCAGGAAACUCGUGAUAUCAUUGGGAGGUGCUAUGUGUUGAGCCAAAAUCUCACGAUUGUGGAUGAUAUGGAUGGUGGAGAGUGGAGUUUCUGUGAUGGUCGAUUGCGAGGCCACGAGAAAUUUGGUUCAUGUCAGCAAGGUGUUGCUGCUACUUUCACCAGAGACUAUCAUUAUAUUGUAUUUGGUGCACCAGGCACUUAUAACUGGAAAGGGGUGGUUCGUGCAGAACAAAAGAACCAGACAUUUUAUGAGCUGAGUAUCUUUGAUGAUGGGCCUUAUGAAGUUGGUGAUGAGGCUUCCCGAGAUGAAAGUCUUGUUCCUGUUCCAGCUAACAGUUAUUUAGGUCUUCUGUUUUUGACAAGUGUUUCUGAUACUGAUCCUGAUCAGUUUGUAUACAAAACACUACCUCCCAAUAUAAGGGUGGACAAAUCAGUGGAUGUGAUGAUGAAUAGCUACCUAGGUUUUUCUUUGGACUCUGGCAAAGGUAUUGUGUCUCAGGAGGAGAUAACUUUUGUGUCUGGUGCACCACGAGCCAACCACAGCGGGGCAGUUGUUUUGCUAAGAAAAGAUCCUAGUAUUCCGAGAGCGCUUUCACUUGUGCAUAUAUUUGAAGGAGAAGGGCUAGCCUCUUCGUUUGGCUAUGAUGUUGCAGUUGUGGAUCUCAAUAAGGAUGGUUGGCAAGAUAUUGUUGUUGGAGCCCCACAAUACUUUGAGAGAGAUGAAGAUAUUGGUGGUGCUGUGUACAUCUACAUGAAUCAGAACGGCAAUUGGGAAGGCGUGAAGCCAGUUCGCCUUAAUGGAACUACUGAUUCCAUGUUUGGUCUUGCUGUUGAAAGUAUUGGCGAUGUUAAUCAGGAUGGAUUCCCAGAUAUUGCAGUAGGGGCACCCUAUGAUGGUUCAGGCAAGGUGUAUAUAUAUCAUGGAUCUAAGAAUGGAAUAAAUACAAAAGCAACACAGAUUCUUGAUGGUGAAAAAAAUAACAUUCAAUUCUUUGGUUAUUCUAUUGCCGGAAAUAUGGAUCUUGAUAGAAAUUCCUAUCCUGAUAUUGCUGUUGGGUCACUUUCAGAUUCUGUAUCUGUUUACAGGUCUCGGCCUGUUAUAAGCAUUAAGAAAACAAUUAAGAUAUUGCCUGACAAAAUUGACUUAAACAGAAGAACCUGCCUUGAACCCAGUGGAAUCUGCCUGAAUGUUGAAGCAUGUUUUGAAUAUACUGCUAACCCCCAAGAUUUCAAUCCAAAAAUAAAACUUAACUAUACUUUUGAAGCAGAAAAGGAUAGGAGGCGCUUAGGUCUACCUUCCAGAGUACAGUUUCCCAAUCAUCCAUCUGAUCAGCUUACUGGGAGUAUAAAACUACAAGGACAAAAUACAAGGGAGUGUGUGAAAACAUCUCUUGUACUCCAGGAAAAUAUCAAAGAUAAACUACGUCCCAUUCCUUUGUCAGUUGAUGUUAAAAUCAGUGGCUCAGACUCUGGCUCACAAUCCAGGAGAAGACAAGGAAGAGCACUUCCAGAUCUUGUUCCAGUUCUAAAUUCAAAUGAACCAGAAACAGUGAAGGCAGAAUUCUUAAAAGAAGGAUGUGGAGAAGAUAAUAUAUGCAAUAGCAAUCUAAAACUUCAGUACAGAUUCUGCACCAGAGAAGGAAAUGAAGACAGAUUUUCUUAUUUACCAAUUGAGAACAGUGUCCCAGUGCUUGUCCUGAAAGAUCAGAAAGAUAUUGCACUAGAAAUAACGGUGACAAAUAAUCCAUCAGAUGCAAAAAAUCCCAAGAAAGAUGGUGAAGAUGCACAUGAAGCUAAACUAAUUGCAACUUUUCCAGACAGUUUGACUUACUCUACAUUUAGAGAGCUGAGGGCUUAUCCGGAAAAACAGUUAACUUGUGGUGCCAAUCAAAAUGGUUCUCAGGCAGAGUGUGAACUUGGAAAUCCUUUCAAAAGAAAUUCCAAUGUAACCUUUUAUCUGGUUUUGAGUACAACUAAAGUUAAUGUUGACACAACUGACUUGGACAUUACGUUAGAGUUAGAAACAACAAGCAAUCAAGUUAAUUUGGCUCCAAUUACUGCUACUGCUAAAGUGGUUAUUCAGUUGCUUUUGUCAGUUACUGGAGUUGCGAAGCCUUCCCAGGUAUACUUUGGAGGUAACAUCAUUGGUGAGAGUGCUAUGAAAUCUGAGGAUGAUAUUGGAAAUCUAAUAGAAUAUGAAUUCAGAAUAACUAACUUGGGUAGACCACUUAAAACAUUUGGUACAGCUUCAUUGGACAUCCAAUGGCCUAAAGAAAUCGAUAAUGGCAAAUGGCUGCUGUAUUUGAUGAAAGUAGAAUCCAAAGAAUUGGGAAUAAUCCCUUGUGAACCUCGGAAUGAAAUAAACUAUUUGCAACUCAGAGACUCCCAUAACUCAAGGAGAAAACGUGAGAUUGCAGAGAAGCAGAUUAAUGAUGGCAAGAAGUUUUCUUUGUUUUCAGAAAGAAAAUACAAAACUCUGGACUGUAGGGGGAGUGCACGCUGUGUGAACAUAAAGUGUCCGUUGCAAGGCUUGGACAGCAAGGCAUUGGUCGUAUUGCGUUCAAGACUGUGGAAUAGUACUUUUCUAGAGGAAUAUUCCAAGCUGAACUACCUCGACAUUGUUGUUAGAGCUACAAUCAGUAUUCCUGCUGCAGCAGAAAAUGUUAAGCUCACAAAUGAGACAGCUCAGGUACGUGUUACUGUCUUCCCUGCAAAGACAGUAGCACACUAUACAGGAGUGCCUUGGUGGAUCAUUUUAGUAGCUAUUCUUGCUGGAAUACUGAUGCUUGCACUGUUGGUGUUUUUGCUAUGGAAGUGUGGUUUCUUCAAGAGAAAUAAGAAAGAUCAUUAUGAUGCCACAUAUCACAAGGCUGAGAUCCAUGCUCAGCCAUCUGAUAAAGAGAGGCUUACUUCUGAUGCAUAGUAUUGAUCUACUUCUGUAAUUGUGUGGAUUCUUCCAACGCUCCAGGUACGAUGACAGCGUCCCCCGCUACCAUGCUGUUAGAAUUCGGAAAGAAGAGCG